AUGAGCUGGGUGAGACUUGGCGCGCGCCUGUGCUCCCCAUCUUGCCGCCCGACCGGUUGUUGUUGGCAUGCUCCACUGCGGCUUGCUCUGCGGCUUGCUCUGCGGCUUGCUCUGCGGCUUGCUCUGCGGCUUGCUCUGCAGGGCGAGACAAUAGGAAGCCAAGACGUGGCUGGCGCCUUGCUGGUGGGUAGGGCAGGACAGGUGACGAGGGGAGGAUAA